CAGAUGCUGUCAAGUCGUAACCGUUAAAAGCGGCGGGCGCAUGCACCGGUCCCAGUCAGUCGUCUGCCAGCCACCACCCGGGCCGCUCCAGUGUCAGAAUCAGCUCGUACCAGGUCUCGCGAUGUUUGUGUUCGCAGUGCUAGCGUGUUGUGUGGCGGCCGCCGCGGCGACGGAGGUCCAGCAGUGCGAAGGAAUGAACAUCCCAGGACUUUCAAAUGCCGUCCAGCUGGUGCCGUGCAAGAAAAUCCCCUGCGCCCUGAAGAAGGGGACGGACACACACAUUACUAUGACCUUUACGCCAGAGAAAGAUACGAAGACCAUUAAGAAUCACGUGACAGCCCUAGUGUUUGGGGUUCCGCUGCCGUUCGUUGGGGUCGACGGGAACUCCGUGUGCGACAAGCUGGAGACGGAGAGCGGAGAGAAGGCCUCCUGCCCACUCUCCGCCGGCGUCAAAUACGUGUACAAGGACUCAUUCCCCGUGCUGUCCUUCUACCCCGACCUCACCACGACCGUGCACUGGGCGCUUAAGGCCGACGACGACAAACCGAUCACAUGCUUCGAAGUCGAGGCUAAAAUAAGAAAGUAAAUCGGGUAUCGCAAAAUUGGAGCAACCAGUAGUUUUUAUAAGUACUUAAGGGCCAAUAAAGCGUGUUUUUGAUCUAAGGAAGAAAAAGAACGGCAGUCGACGACAGUCGCUGGAUUUUGGUUCAUUGAUAUUUUGACGCGUGCCGCCGACUGCCGUCGACACAAGUCUCUCGUCUGUAGGAGCGCAGAAAUAGUGAGCAGGACAGCUUGCUCACCACCAUGACAUUCUUUUUUACGAGUAUUAUGCCACGAUUGUAACUUUAAUUUAUUUUAACAAUACUUAGUAACCGCGGCCGCACAUGCGUCUAUCUUCACGAAGCAAUACGCAUGUGCGGCCGCAGCACGUCUUCCAAUUUUCCAAUUCCCCGAUAGUGCGGCUAGCUUUUGAUGAGCUUAUGAUUUUCCAAUGUGCGAGACAAGUAGAGUUUGAACAACAUACACUGUUAAAAUAAGUAUUUUUAAAGUUAAGGGGAAAGAUUCUAGAAGUGGCCGAUAAGUGCUAUUAUCACCAUUCACGUACAGUGUUAGUUCAAGAGCCUGCCGCAUUAUGCUUGGGAACGCUGGUUUUUAAACAAUAGACUCGAUCUCUGAAGAUUUUGUUACAUUACGAAAAAAAAUUAUUGUGGUCAAAGGACCACUAUCGUUGUUUAAAAUGAUUGUGAUCUUUCUACAAUAAUUAAUAGCUGAUAAUGUUGGAUCUUAUUGUUGUAAGUAUCUAUAAGAAUUAAGUAGCGUGUAAUGUCGUUAUUUUUAUAAUAAAAUACUUAAAUAAAAUGUAUUAAAAUUCCUA